AUGGCUCCCUCCCGAGCCCCGACGUCUGCGCCCGUCACGUCCGCUUCGUGCCACCAUUGCCCAGCUUCGGCCUUGUCUCCUCCGCUAUCGCCUCAACAGAGGUUCCAGGCACAUGUUCGGACGUUGAAUGAUAGUACUUUACCCUCUCGAAACGCGCCAACGAGCCCCAAGAGAUCAUCAGAGUUACAACAUGUCUCUAGUUUACGUGUCUCAUAUCGCGAAAGUCCCUCUCCCAAAAAUCCUCUUCGGUCGAGCCCAACCUGGAGAGACACCGAUUUGACCUUGAAGACAUUCGACAGCGCUAAAGAUGAGCCGUACUUCGUCACAGAAGAGCGGGAAGCCUGGAGUAGGCCAUACACACCCAAGACAACUACUCCCUUGACCGACGAUGUCCUCUUCCUGCAACCGCAUGAGGGAGACAGCCGAAUGCUUCAACCGAGCAAACAACUGAGAGAGCCACGUCCUUUUGCCCCCUUGUCCCAUCCAGUGGACGUCAACGAGAGGCCAAAGACCAGUCGAGGUCCAACACAAGAGCAAUCGAGUUUUCCAAUUGAAAAUGCUGACGCCAACCCCAAUAAGGAAGACGAUCUGCCUGCACGGGCCUCCAAAUUUGCAGAGGGCAGCAUGAACACCAGGUCUGCUGGGGUGUCUUCUACAUGGCACGAGCACAUUUCACUCACUAGCUGCUCCGGAACUGAAUCAGAUGAUGAUCCCAACUCGCGAGCAUCGCCACAACGCUCGUUCAUUGACGUGGACGAGUUCAAACCGGAAGCGGCGAUUGCCCCGACCCUCAAACAACGUCUUUUCAAUUUUGGGGCCAAGGCUAGGGCCAAAGAGAAUACAACAAGAGUUGAAGGGGAACGAAUUUCCAAGAAGAAGAACGGUCUCCGGAAAAGCAUUUCGCUGUGGAACCUCCAUGGUGACAAGAAGAAGACAGCAGACUGGUCCGACAGUCCAGAAAAGAAACCUUCAGCAUCGAGUCAUAAUACCGAUCUAGACCUGCUCAAUGACAGGAAGAGACGCGCAGAAGAGGCAUAUGCUCAACAAUUUGGCAUGAAGAGAAGAAAAUCCAACGUGGGCCUAGCUGCGACAACAGGCGACGAGAUCUCAGAAGAAACUGUAGCAACGGCUCGUGUCCGAUCCAAGAGCAAGCCACCACCAAACAGCCGCAAAUUUCCAAGUCAGACUUCAUCUAAAACCGUCGCGGCUGAUUCUGAGUGGACUGACGGUCCCAUCGACCUCGAUCAUCAGAAACGUCCAACCCGCCGGGAAUUGGAGAAGGAGAAUCAACAGCUGCGAGCUUUGUUAAGACAGAAGCAAGAAGAGGUUCGUUUAAGGGCUAAUACUCCUCAGCCAACAUCGUCCUCUCACACACAACAUCCUCAGACUCCCGGAACAGCUCGCGAAGAUGACGCCUCUCCACCAAAGCGGUCUGCCAAGAAGCAGAGCCGGAAACAGUCCGGAGCAGAAGUCCCGCCCGUCCCACCGUUUCCGGAGCGUGCAGCCUUGAAGACGUUGAGCAACACCACAAAUCAGCCGCAGGUUAGGAGCAAGGGAGAUGGCAAUUUAGUUGCAAUUUCAACAUCAGACGUCAAUGGCCAACCGAAGCACGAUCCAAGAAAGCAGAGCCGGCGUUCGUCCAUUGUCAGAGGCGAAAGUUUCCCACGUCAUUUCUCUGUCAUUCUCGAAGAAGACGAAGAAAAUGGAGCAGGCCAGACUCGGGAGGCAAAUCAGUGCACCACGAAUGAUAUCUUCGGCCCAAAGUCUGUUUCAGAAAUGAAACCUGGAAACGGAGACGCAGACAUUGGGAAAAUGGAAGUCAACGAUCACGUUGCGAGGAUGCAGAUGCAGAGUAUUCAGAAGGAGAACUGGGAAUGGCCAGAUGAUGUUUUCUGA